AUGAUUGAAUCAGGUUUUCAACUUCGGAAGUGCUUUCACUUAAACAGAAAAUGCAAAUUGAACGACAAAAUGAAAAGUCUUGAGAUCUGGGCAGGUCACAGAGAAGAUCAUCGAGGAGAUCCAGCGAAGGUGAGCUUCAUGAUGAAUGAUCCUAGUGAUAUGGUGCGGCAGGCAGCUGAGGAGCACUUGAACAGCUGGGCCUUCGGCUCCCAUCAAGCCAUUGGCUGCUCGGAGCCCCGCGGGGCUGGCACAGUCGUGCUGGCGCCUGACAAGGAAGGACCCGACUGGAAGCAGUGGAGUGUGCGCUUGGCGAGAGGUUACGGGAUCGGUAGAGUGCCCUCAAGGUGA